GUAGUCUGGUUGCUUCAUCAAGCAUGUACAAAAUCGUCGAGAGAAAACCGAACUGUCUUAAAACUGCCGUAAACCAUAAAUCGAAACCAUGUAAAUCACUUUAGUGUGGACGUGCGUGUUUAUGUGUUAUUGGACCGCAAACUUCGAAACAAGUUGAGGCUUGUUGUGACAGACUAGGACUAGGCCCUAGGUCGUGAAUGAGCAUCCGUCGAGUGUAUUGGGCGAUAAGUUUAUUCGUAGAAACCAUGCCCAAGUUUUACUACGCAGUGAGGAGUGGACGAAGCGUCGGAGUCUUUGAUUCGUGGGACGACUGUAAGGCCCAGGUUUAUGGCUGCCAAGGUGCCCGCCACAAGAAGUUCAAGACACCAGAGGAGGCCUGGGAGUUUGUGAAUGCUAAACAAGAUCCCAAUCCUCAUUUCCGGAAAUACUGUCAGUCAGCGAGGCAGUCCAAAAAGGAGACUUCAUGUACAACAUUUCCAUACCAAAGCGCAGUCUCAUCGCUGAGCUAUGUGCCAGCAUCACUGAGCUCUGACUAUUUCUUAUCACCAGAGCCGUUGCCAGUUUUCAAGCCGGAAUAUACCCACCCAAUGGGCCACUCCAGCAAGAGAAAGCACGAGCCCACACCUGAGGAAACUUACGACAGCUCUUACAAGAAGACGAGACAUGACAGCACUUGCUCUGCCUCAUCUUAUGGCACGCUACCAUUAUCAGUGCCGUCAUCGACCUCAUCCGAGGAGAAGGUGGCCGGAAACGGUCGAGCAGUUGUGUACACGGACGGAGCCUGUGAAAGCAACGGGCGACGGGGUGCGCGCGCCGGCGUGGGCGUGUACUGGGGGGACAAUAACCCAUACAACACCAGCGAGAGACUGCAGGGCAGACAGACGAAUCAGAGAGCUGAAAUCACGGCCGCAAUACGUGCCCUUCAAACUGCCAAGGCGAGAAAUAUCAAGGAGCUUACAUUGUACACAGAUAGCAAAUACACAAUUAAUGCCAUGGGGGAUUGGAUACAUCGCUGGAAAGUGAACGGAUGGAAGACAGUUGGCAACAAAGAUGUCGUGAACAAGGAGGAACUGGAGACUCUGGACAGCCUCUGCCAACAAGUGAACGUGGACUGGAAAUAUGUACCUGGUCACACCAACAUCAAGGGUAAUGAAGCCGCAGACUCGUUAGCAAGAGCUGGUGCUAGAAUGCCAUCUCACUGAAGGACGACAGUGUAGCCGAUGUAACCUGAGGCUUAAACAUUCUGUGGUUCCACUUUAAGACACAAUU